GCCGCUGCUGACGUAGCGCCUUCCUUUCUUUCCCCUCCCCCCCUCCCCCACACUCCCCGCCGCCGCUUCGGCGCUCCCUGCCGCCUCACCGGGAAGACUCCGCCACCGGCCCAUGGCGGCCGCUCGGCUGUGAGCACGGAAGGCGUUAGGCAUGGCCGGGCGGCGGGGCGCGGGGGGCGGCGGGGCGUUGGCGGCGGGUCCCUUGGGGGAAAUGCUGCAGCAGUCGCCUUCGUGCUGCGUUGGGGGAGCCGCGUCGGAGCCCGCCCGCGAGCUCUUCGAGGCUUGCCGGAAUGGCGACGUGGAGCGCGUGAAGCGGCUGGUGAGGCCCGAGAACGUCAACGGCAGAGACACGGCCGGCAGGAAGUCCAGCCCCCUCCAUUUCGCCGCAGGUUUUGGUCGGCGAGAUGUAGUCGAAUACUUGCUUCAGAGUGGUUCUAAUGUACAUGCACGAGAUGAUGGAGGACUCAUUCCACUUCAUAAUGCUUGCUCAUUUGGUCAUGCUGAAGUUGUCAAUCUUCUCCUGCGCCAUGGUGCAGAUCCUAAUGCAAGAGAUAAUUGGAAUUAUACUCCUCUUCAUGAAGCUGCCAUCAAAGGCAAAAUUGAUGUCUGCAUAGUAUUGUUGCAGCAUGGUGCUGAUCCGAGUAUCCGUAAUACUGAUGGAAGAACAGCCCUUGACUUAGCAGAUCCAUCAGCAAAGGCAGUGCUUACAGGUGAAUACAAGAAAGAUGAACUAUUGGAAAGUGCCAGGAGUGGAAAUGAAGAAAAAUUAAUGGCUCUUCUAACGCCAUUAAAUGUCAAUUGCCAUGCAAGCGAUGGUAGAAAGUCAACUCCAUUACACUUAGCUGCUGGCUAUAACCGUGUUAAAAUAGUGCAGCUAUUAUUACAACAUGGAGCAGAUGUUCAUGCAAAGGAUAAAGGAGAUCUGGUGCCUCUUCACAACGCCUGUUCUUAUGGGCACUAUGAAGUAACAGAACUUUUAGUAAAGCAUGGAGCCUGUGUAAAUGCAAUGGAUUUAUGGCAGUUCACUCCUCUUCAUGAAGCAGCUUCUAAGAACAGAGUAGAAGUGUGCUCCCUCUUGCUGAGUUACGGUGCUGACCCUACACUGUUAAACUGCCAUAAUAAAAGUACAAUUGAUUUGGCCCCUACACCUCAGUUAAAAGAACGAUUGGCAUAUGAAUUCAAAGGCCAUUCGUUACUACAGGCUGCAAGGGAAUCAGAUGUGAAUCGUGUAAAAAAGCAUCUCUCUCUUGAAAUUGUCAAUUUCAAACAUCCUCAGACUCACGAAACUCCUUUGCACUGUGCUGCUGCAUCUCCAUAUCCUAAGCGAAAGCAAGUCUGCGAGUUACUUCUAAGAAAAGGAGCCAACAUCAACGAAAAGACAAAAGACUUCCUGACACCUCUUCAUAUGGCAUCAGAAAAAGCUCAUAAUGAUGUUGUUGAAGUAGUUGUGAAGCAUGAAGCAAAGGUCAAUGCUCUGGAUAAUCUUGGCCAGACAUCUUUGCAUAGAGCAGCGCACUGUGGCCACUUACAGACAUGCCGGUUGUUGUUGAGUUUUGGCUGUGAUCCCUCCAUUAUAUCACUGCAGGGUUUCACAGCCUCUCAGAUGGGAAAUGAAAGCAUUCAGCAGUUGCUACAAGAAGGUGUUCCUUUGGGCAAUUCAGAAGCCGAUCGACAGUUAUUGGAAGCAGCAAAGGCAGGAGAUGUAGACACAGUAAAGAAGUUAUGCACAACGCAGAGUGUGAAUUGCCGGGAUAUUGAAGGGCGUCAGUCCACACCGCUUCACUUUGCAGCAGGAUACAAUAGAGUGUCUGUAGUUGAAUAUCUUUUGCAGCAUGGGGCUGAUGUCCACGCAAAAGACAAAGGUGGCCUAGUUCCUUUGCACAAUGCUUGUUCUUAUGGACACUAUGAAGUGGCAGAACUUCUUGUUAAACAUGGUGCUAUUGUGAACGUGGCUGAUUUGUGGAAAUUUACUCCUUUGCAUGAAGCUGCAGCAAAAGGAAAAUAUGAAAUUUGUAAACUACUGUUACAGCAUGGUGCUGACCCUACAAAGAAGAACAGAGAUGGAAAUACCCCAUUAGACCUUGUUAAAGAUGGUGAUACAGAUAUUCAAGAUCUCCUUAGAGGAGAUGCAGCUUUGCUUGAUGCUGCAAAGAAGGGCUGUUUGGCUAGGAUGAAAAAAUUGUGUUCCCCUGAUAAUGUCAACUGUCGUGAUACACAAGGCCGACAUUCUACUCCACUCCAUUUAGCAGCUGGUUACAACAAUUUGGAAGUUGCUGAGUACUUAUUACAGCACGGCGCUGAUGUAAAUGCACAGGACAAAGGAGGUUUAAUACCUUUACAUAACGCAGCAUCCUACGGGCAUGUAGAUGUAGCAGCUUUGCUUAUAAAGUAUAAUGCGUGUGUAAAUGCUACAGACAAAUGGGCUUUCACACCUUUGCAUGAAGCAGCCCAGAAAGGAAGGACACAGCUUUGUGCCUUAUUAUUGGCCCAUGGAGCUGAUCCUACUCUGAAAAACCAGGAAGGACAAACACCAUUAGACCUAGUCACCGCAGAUGAUGUUAGCUCACUCUUGGCAGCUGCCAUGCCACUUUCUGCCUUGCCAUCUUGUUAUAAGCCUCAGGUUAUAAAUGUGUCUCAGAAUACAGGGACGUCAGCUGAUUCACUUUCUUCCAUUCCGUCCAGUCCAUCUAAUUUGUCAGCUGCCAGUAGUCUGGACAGCUUGUCGGGUAGCUUUUCUGAACUCUCAGUUGUUAAUACAAACGGUGCUGAAGGAGCCUCUAGUUUGGAAAAGAAAGAAGUUCUCAAUGUAGAUUUUAGCAUCAAUCAAUUUGUAAGAAAUCUUGGACUUGAACAUUUGAUUGACAUACUUGAAAGAGAGCAGAUAACUUUGGAUGUCCUUGUUGAAAUGGGGCACAGAGAAUUAAAGGAAAUUGGAAUUAAUGCUUAUGGUCAUAGACACAAAAUAAUAAAAGGAGUUGAGAGGCUGAUCUCUGGACAGCAAGGUCUUAAUCCAUAUCUAACAUUGAAUACUUCGGGUAGUGGGACAAUCCUUAUAGAUCUCUCUCCAGAUGAUAAAGAGUUUCAGUCGGUGGAGGAUGAGAUGCAAAGCACUGUACGAGAACAUAGAGAUGGUGGCCAUGCUGGUGGAAUUUUCAACAGAUACAACAUCUUAAAGAUACAAAAAGUAUGUAACAAAAAGCUUUGGGAAAGAUACACUCACAGGAGGAAAGAGGUUUCUGAAGAGAAUCAUAAUCAUGCUAAUGAAAGGAUGUUGUUUCAUGGCUCUCCUUUUGUGAAUGCAAUUAUUCACAAAGGCUUUGAUGAGAGGCAUGCUUACAUUGGAGGAAUGUUUGGAGCAGGAAUUUAUUUUGCUGAAAAUUCUUCCAAAAGCAACCAGUAUGUCUAUGGUAUUGGUGGCGGCACAGGUUGCCCCAUUCAUAAAGACAGGUCUUGUUACAUCUGCCAUAGGCAGUUGCUUUUUUGCCGAGUAACUUUGGGUAAAUCAUUCCUUCAGUUCAGUGCCAUGAAAAUGGCUCAUUCUCCACCAGGACACCAUUCAGUUACUGGACGACCUAGUGUGAAUGGGCUAGCUUUAGCAGAAUAUGUCAUCUACAGAGGAGAACAGGCCUAUCCAGAAUAUUUGAUUACCUACCAGAUUGUAAAGCCUGAAAUUGUCACAGAAGCUUGAAGCUCCAGCUAUUUUACAAAGGUCAAAUUUAGCAGUAAUCUUAAUUGCUAAUAUAGAUACACAUAUAUCCUUCCUUCCCCUCUUCCCCACCUUGGUGGUAGAAAAUGUGAAUAAAAUCUAACAUUUUUGACAGAUGAAGCUUUAAUAACUGUAUAGUACGUUUUCUACAAAUUCAGAAACUUUUUCAGCACUUUAACAGAUCUCAUUCCAGGUGAUGCUGGUUUGUUUGUACUAAAUUAUAAAACAGAUUUUAACUUGAACUUUGUUUUCUAUUUGCCAUUUCAGUGAAAACUAACAAAUUUUCCUGCCUGGGCAGGGGGUUGGACUAGAAGGCCUCCAAGGUCCCUUCCAACUCUAUUGUUAUGUUAUGUUAAAUUGUUGCUAUACAGGAACUCACUUUAUUAAAACUGUGUUCUUUAAAACACUACAUUUACACAGAGAACGAUUGCAUUUGUAAAACUGUAAAUAAGAUAUUUUCUACUAGCCUGAUAUUUAUUUGCAUUGUAUUUGUAAAAUAAGUGUUUCAAAACUGCAAUACAUGGAAAACCUAUAAACUUCACAUUCCCAAUUGCAUUUCAUCACAAGCAGUUGUGGAAAGGACUGCUUGAGAGUCUUGCAUAUUAAGCAGCAGCAUUCAUUUGGCUUUUCUUCAGUUAGUUUGAGUUUAAUGGAGGAAAAUGUAUUCCAGUAGAUAGUUCCUAAAUUGUGCAAAUUCCUGAGGAAUCUAGUAAACAUUCUGCUUGUUCAUCUUAUUGAUCACUACUUAAAAUAUCUUUCGGUUGGGGAUAAGUUAGCUAAUCAUUUGUCUAAUAUAGGAAAACUUUUUAUUCACUUUAAAACAGGGUAUUUAAGAGUGAACAAGCAUGUGUUCCUGAUUUCUGUUUAGAUGUAAUGGCACUAUAAAAUCGAAAUGGAUCUUUUGCUGGUGGGACAAAGGUGGAAAAGGGGUACCCACGCCCUUCAAAACACUGAAAACUUUUUCACACACCCUCUUCUAAAAUGUAUUUUUCUUAUUCCUUUAGUUCAGUCAAGAUAUUUUUCAUCUUACAGGUUUAUCUGUAAUAUAUAUCUGUAUAUAUAUAAUUCAGUUUUUUCCAUUGAUCUAAUUUUAGAUGAGCAAUUAAUUGCAGUUCUUCAAUCUUUAAGACCAUGUCCCAUGAUGUACUUUUAAUUAUACAUCGUUCUUACAUUAUGGUUUUUUAAAAAAAUUGCCAAGAGUGCUUAAAUUGUCUGGUACAUACAGUAUGGUAUCUUAGAUUUGAGUCUUAAAUAAUUGCUGUGCACGUGAAGUCAGUGCAUGGAUGGUUAUAAAAUCAUGUGAAAAAUAUAGUAAAUAUCACUUUGUUGUGAUCACUGUUGGAUAAAGGACAGUUCAGUUGAAUAAAAGAGGUCUUUGCACUGCAUGUUUUCUAUUCACUAGCUUAGCCAAAUACCUGAACAAGUAUUCAUGCAAACUAUACUAACCAUGAUUUAAGCAUUAAAAACCAUAUUUUUCAUUAUUGAAAAUAUUUCAUUUUUUGUGAAUGAUUAUUUAAUGUGAUAUAAAUUAUUGUGGUAUUGGUAGCAUUUUAAAUGGUACCAUAGGAUUGGUUAGAAUGUUUUUAAUUUUGCAUGGCAUACCUAUUUUUCAGAAGGCAGAAUGUGUAAUGAUUUUGAUUGUGAGGUGAGGUGAACUUCCAGCCUCCUGUGCAGUUAGAGGUUUAUUCAUCUUGAAAGUGUCUUACCUGUAUUGUAUCGCUUUCUUCACCAUUCAACCUAAAUAAACUUCAUUCACAAGC